AUACUGUAUUUCUCAGCGUUCGAAAGUUCUCAUUCCCUUGUUCAAAGAGAGAGAGAAAGAGAGAGAUAGCAAAGGCGAACAAUAAUUUCUUCUUAAGAGGAUUUCAGGUAUUGGGUUGUUGAAGGUUGCUGCUUCCAAAACAAUCUCAUUUGGGAUUUGAAACAGCUAUGCGGGGAUAUGAUAGAGAUGACUAUGAAGAUUUGGAUGAGUAUGAAGAGGAUGGCGACAAGCAAGAAGAGGAAGGGAUUGGUGAAGGGGAAUAUGAAGAAGAACCUCCACAAACCACGCAGGAGGAACUGGAAUACCUUGAAUUGAGGCAGCGAUUAAAAGAAGGUAUCAGAAAGCAGAUGAAAAAGGAAUCUGGUUCUGCCCUCGCUAAUUCCCAAGAGAAAAAGAAGAGGCUGCCCUUUGACAAUUUUGGAUCCUUCUUUGGGCCUUCACAACCUGUUAUUGCUCAAAGAGUAAUUGAAGAAAGCAAGUCAUUCUUGGAAAACCAACAUUUAACAGCCAAAGUUUCAAAAUCCCAUCAUGAUGUGGGUACCAUAAAAAAAAAGAGCUUUGCUUCAACCACUGGUGGGUCAAAAAGUCAAGUCCCUAACCAUCGUCCUAAAGUUGUAAAUCAGCAGGUAAAAAUGAAAGUCCAGAAACUUAAGGAUAUGAGAGAUUACUCUUUUCUAGUGUCUGAUGACGCAGCGCUUCCAGCUCCUGCAAAAGAUCCUCCAAUUCGAAAUGUCGCUGUUACGAAUUCUGAUGCGAGAUCAGCUCAAGUGCCACCAAAGAGCAAACAGUGGUCAACCAAUACUGCCAGACAAUUUCCCAAUAGUUGUGAGAGGAAACCUGUGUCAACAAGUAGCCAAAUGCAUCCUAAAGCUGGUUCCCACAAGUCAACUUCCACUAGUAAGCCCAUUCUGACAUCAGUUUACUCUAGAAAACAGCUUGGAAACAAUAAUGGGAGUGGGCCAGGUCGGCCUCUGGGGCCAAAAUGCUUGCCUUCUAAGGUGCCAGCGGCCGCAACAGAGAGGAGGGUGUCCGCAUCAGGUUCAAAGAGUGCAAGGAGUUCCACGCCUAGUGUGCACAAGCCACCGUCUUCGAAAUUGCACCUGUCUGCUCCGAAGCAACCUUCUGUUCCAAAGCAACCCUUGGAGCUGAAAAAGGCAAUUCAGGGAUCUAGCAAAGGAAAGAUGCUGCCCAAACAGCCAGUACCAUUCUCUAAACCCCAGAUAAACAAGCCACUAGUAAGACCUCCAUCUCGCCCUACAGUGCGAGAGGACCGCCCGAAGAAGCAGCCUGUGAGACCGUACUUUGAUGAUGAUGAGGAUGAGGAUGAUGAUGAUGAUGAAGGUGGAAGAGCAAUUAGCAUGAUUAGAAGUAUAAUCCAAACAAAUUUGCCAAACGUGAUUAUGAUGAUGAUAGUGACAUGGAGGCAAACUUCGAUGAUAUUAUGAAAGAAGAGAAUAGGAGUGCAAGAAUUGCUAGAAAGGAGGAUGAAGAGGAACUGCGCAAAAUAGAGGAAGAAGAGAGGAGGGAACGUUUGAGAAAAGAGGCAAAGAAGCGCAAGCUAGGCCAAUGAUGAGCCCUACACAAAUGAAGCUCUGCACAAAUAAUUUUAUUUUGUCAUUAAAUUCUUUGUUGGUUAAUUUUUUUUGUCUGGUGUCAAUUAUAGUUUUAAUUUUUUUUUUUGGGAAGGUGGUUGUAUUGCAUUUGAUAUGUACAUUCCUUGUAUCUUGUAAUGCUACUCUAAAAAGCUCCUUGUCAAACAUUCCGGAUAAUCUUCGUGAUUUUGUGGGCAUCGAAGGGCUCGUGAUUUGCAAAAACAAAAAUGCUUCCAACCCCCAAAAAUGCUAACCCCCGUGACCCCCAACUAAUGUGGAUGAGUCAAGUGACCUUUCACGUGUAUCACAACCCACGCACCUUCUCUUUCUCUCUCUUCAUUCAGAAUUCAAAUUCUCCCACUGAAAUACAGAUCAAAAUCUCCCUGUAAUACAGAUGUGUCAUCUCUAUUGCUCCCUCUCUCUCCUUCCCUUGAUUCCGAUGAGAGAGAGCCUGACAGGCUCUUUUCCUUGACUCCGACGCUAGACUCCUGACUCUCUCUGACGAAGGACGACUAAGAGAUGUCUACUUCAAGUGUGAAUGGCAGUAGUUUAGAUCGGUUGACAUACUUCAACAAUAAUUGUCGUAGAUGUAAUAAAAAGUCCACUAUUUGGAUUUUUGAGACCGAUCGAAAUAAAAACAAAUUAUUCUAUUUUUGUAAUGAUUGUGGUGGUUUUAUUAGAUGGUGCUUUUGCCUAUGAAUUCACAAUGCAAAGGUGAUGAAAUUCCAAGACAAGUAGAAGGAGAAGUGCCAACUGUCAAAGAACAACUUCGAUCUAUGACCGAAUAACUUCGAUCUAUGACCAAACAACAAAGAUUUAUGAGGGAUCAACUUCGAAUUUAGAGCGCAAAGAUGUAAAAAAAAUGGAAUAAGUGUUGUUUGUGUUGCUUGUAAUUGGUGCCUUAUCACUUAUAAAUAUGUAAUAAUAUAUACAUGCAAGUUAGAAGUAGAAGUAGAGUGAAUACUCGUGUAUGGUACUGUGAUUUUUGAGAGCAAGUUAUGUUUUGUUGUGUAUUGAUACUCAAUUAUUCUACAUGUUUUGUUUGAGUGGAAUGAUAUAUAACUUGUUUAAA